AGAGCCGUCUGCGUUCGGUACAAACAACCACAGCUGAUCGGCUUGUUUGGACUAAAUAGCGAAGAUGAAGACUAGAAUAGGACUUUAAACCACCGCAGAGCGCUGUUUUCUCACCCGAGGACAAAUGGAUCCAGCAGAGGAGCUGAAGCAGAUCACCACCUGGCUACAUCAGGAGGGACUCGAACCCGGCUCCCCCACAGAGGCUCAGCUACGUUUGAUGUGGCGAGCCCUCCAACGCACGAGGAGCCGCCUGAGCAGCGUGACCUCCGACCUGGAAGCUCACCGCUCGCAGCACUCAGCAGAGAUGGCCGAGGUCCGUAAGUCUCUGGGGCAGAUCCGGAUCUUCACCGAGCACAAAGACGUCCUGGCUCAGGAGAUCCAGGACGAGAACGACCAGCUGAAGGAGCAGAUGAGACGCCUGGUGUCGCUGCAAGAUGCUCAGAUCAGCGAGGUGGCGAAGAUGCUGUACCAGCAGGGCCUGACGGAGCUGAUCCACAGCAGCCCCAGCGAGCAGGUGGCGUACCUCCUGGUGGAGAGGGCGUCGCUGCUGGAGACCGCCGAAACUCCCGCUGGAAACACAGAGGUGCACGUGUUCAGCGGCACUGUAUGUCAGUCUGGCCACAAGGGGGCGCCACGGCACGCUCAGAGCACCUGGAAACGACUGUUUGGACUCCACAGGGCUUCACAGAGCAGACACACUUUGAAUCCUGUGUGUAAACAUGAUGCCGGUCCGGGGAGCCGUCUGGAGCGGGAGUGCUGCCGUCUGGAGCGAGACGUGGAGGAGGGCUCCCGCCGGCUGGCCAUGGCCCACACCGAGAUCCGCCGCCUGACGGACGAGCUGGAGUCUGCACACAUGACCCAGAAGACCUACGAGCCUGAACUGGCAGCAGCUCAGCAGGAGGUGGAGCAGCUCAGACACCAAGUAGAAAAACUCAAGAAGUAUGAAAUGGUGGAGCUGCGGAAGGUCAAAGAGCUGAAUGACCGCCUGGACCUGGAGAGCCGAACCUUCAGAGGCAGAGUUCGCUGCCUGGAUGCUGAGAACAGCAAACUGCAGCAGAGGGUGGCGUCUCUGCAGGAGGAGGUGAAGCGGCUGGAGCAGCAGCUUGUCACGAGCCACACCCCCACUGCUCAAAAGCAGGAGGGACCGCUGCAGCCACAGAAAGUCAUAACAGAACAGUUUCAGGCUGAUGGAAAGGUCAGAGAUCCUAAAGCAGAGCCGACACAGAGCAACCAGAUGUGCAGAGAUCUGCAAGAAAAAAUCAACAUCCAAACCAAACAUCUGCUGCAAAAAGACUUAACUGUGGAGUCUCUCCAGAAGAAGGUGGAGCUGCUGAAGGCCGCCGUGCAGGAGCAGCAGCAGCAGCUCAUCACUGUGCAGCUUCAGGCCGACCGAGCCGCUCAGCUGGCCGAGUCUCGCUCGGCCGAACUGAUCCAGAGCAGUCAGACCUGCAGAGAUUUACAGAACACGGUCCGUUCUCUUCAGCAGCAGCUGGAGAAUUCCCACAACGACCUGGAGAACCUGAUCACUAAAGUCUGCACCAGAGAGAACGGCCUCCACAAUCAGAAGAUGUGGAAACAACAGACAGCAGAUUCACGGCUGUGUGAAGAUUUCUGUAAGCUAAAGAAUGAAGAACUGAAUGAAGAAAACAAGCAACAAAAGGAGCGUCUGGAAGAUCAGGAGGCGGUGAAGACGCUGUGGUCCACCAGAGACGAGUGUGAGACUCUGAAGGAGGAGAUCUGUGAAACCCUCAAACAUCUCGACAAGGAACAAAGUAAAUACCACGAGAUGAAGGAGAGACACAAAGCCAAACUGUGCCGAGCGAAGCAGAAAUUCAGCGACGUUACCGCUCUGCACAACGAGAAGAUAAACAGGCUGCAGAGAGAACUGUCCCUCUGCUCACAUUCACUGGCAAAGGAGAAAGAACUGGUGAAAAGCAUGAACGCUGAAAACGAGAAGCUGCUCAGUGAGAGGAGGAGAUUGAUUCAGCAGCUGGAUGAGGAGGAGCACAGCAAGAAAGACCUGCAGCUCUCGGCCGGUUUGUCCAGACGCAGGGUGGAUUUUUUAGAAGUGGAGAAUAAGAAACUGGGAAACAAAGUCCUCCAGUUGUCCGACCAGCUGGGCGUCCUGCAGCGCAGCCAGCAGAACAGGCGCUCGCUUCACUUCGCCGAGGAACUAAAGAAAAUCCUGAUCCUCCAGCAUCCCGCCCUGCAGACGUCCAGCGUGUCGGACGGUGCCAAGCGGGGCAGCGGCGGCGGCGGCGCGUCUCCCCCACACCGCCGCAUGUCGGGGUCCUUCGCUCCAUCGGCAGAGAUGGGCUACCUGAACCUGACCACUCAGUGCCAGACCGACCCCCCCAGCAUGGCCGACGGCAGCCAAUCAGAAAGCACGCUCUGCUGAUGGGGGUUGACCUACCUGCUGCCAGCUGUACAGACCUUAACCCUAACCCUAUUUAUCUAAUAAGU